UUGCUUUCGUCUUCGUUUACACGACAACUCCAACAAAAAGCGCGACGAUUUAGAGGAAGACGCUUACUUUCCUCCGUCAUCUCCGCCAUUUCCGGCGUUGAUUUGUUUCACGGACAACAACAACAACAACAACAACCGCCACCGGUUGAUAUUCUCUGUUAUUACUGUAUUGCCAUUGCUACACUGAUGAUCACACUGCCUACAAGAUUCUAGGUGUGUUGGGUUGUUUGAGUUGUGGGUGGGAGUGAAGUGGGUUGGGGUUUUGAUUGUGUUGUUGAGAGGUUUUUGGAGGUGGGGUUUGAUAAAGAUUGAAGCUUUUUGUUUUUGUUAAUUGUUGUUUGGGGGUGUGGGAUUACAAUGGGUGACACUGAAGAAGGUAAUAGUGAUAUGAUGCAAAGGCUUCAAUCUUCGUUUGGAACAUCUUCAUCAUCGAUUCUGAAACAGCCGUUAUCUAUGGACCAGCUGAACAUACCCCAAUUCAGCUCUUCACAAAUGCGUUCACGCCAUUUUGCACAGAGCUUUACUGGGGAUACCAGUAAAAGAAUGGGGAUACCACCCUCACACCCAAACCACAUCCCACCACUUUCACCUUAUUCUCAGAUCCCGGUUGCCAGGCCAAUUAACCAGACAAUGGGCUCACAGAAUUUUAGUCCAGGACCGAGCCAUUCGCGGUCAUUGUCGCAACCAGCCUUCUUUUCACUUGAUUCACUGCCCCCAUUGAGCCCAUCCCCCUACCGUGAUUCCCCAUCCACCUCCAUGUCUGAGGUGGAUGUGUCAAUGGAGGAUAGGGAUGCAAGUUCACAUUCCUUGUUGCCCCCAUCGCCAUUCGGCAGGGCUAAUUUCUCAAGGGUGGGCGAGAGUUUGCCCCCUCGUAAGGCUCAUAGGAGGUCUAAUAGUGAUAUACCAUUCGGGUUCUCUACAAUGAUGCAACAAGCUCUACCCCCCAUUGCUCCCAUGAGGGGUUCGGGUAGUGUGGACCUGUCAAUGUCUGGUACAGAAAAUUCAGGGAUGGUUAAGCCAGCUCAGUUGGUUAAAAAGGAAUCUAGUUGGGAAAGAGCUGGCGAUAACAAUGUGGAAGGGACGGGUGAGAGGAAGUCUGAAGGGGAAGUAGUGGAUGAUUUGUUUUCCGCAUAUAUGAAUUUGGAUAGCAUUGAUGCUUUGAACUCUUCGGGGACUGAUGACAAGAAUGGUAAUGAGAAUCGUGAGGAUAUGGAUAGUAGUAGAGCAAGUGGGACCAAGACAAACUGUGACAGCAGUGAUAAUGAAGUGGAAAGCAGCGUUAAUGAAAGUGGAGGAAUGCAGAGACCGGGAUUGAAUUCUUUGACCAAUAUGAGAGAAGGGAUCAAAAGGAGUGCGGGGGGAGAUAUUGCACCGACCACUCGUCACUUCAGAAGUGUCUCCAUGGACAGUUUUAUGGGUAAGCUGCAAUUUGGUGAUGAGUCACCUAAACUACCACCUUCGCCUGGAACUCGGCCAGGACAACUUUCCCCCAGCAAUUCAAUUGAUACAAAUUCAAAUGCCUUUAGCUUGGAGUUUGGAAAUGGUGAGUUCAGUGGGGCUGAAAUGAAGAAAAUUAUGGCUAAUGAAAAACUUGCAGAGAUUGCAUUGACCGAUCCAAAGCGUGCAAAAAGGAUUUUGGCAAAUCGUCAAUCAGCAGCCCGAUCUAAAGAACGGAAAAUGCGCUACAUUUCAGAGUUGGAACACAAGGUUCAGACUCUACAGACGGAAGCAACAACACUGUCCGCACAGCUUACACUAUUACAAAGAGAUUCUGUUGGUCUCAGUAACCAGAAUAAUGAGUUGAAGUUUCGCCUUCAAGCUAUGGAACAACAGGCCCAACUCAGAGAUGCUCUAAAUGAAGCCCUAACAUCAGAGGUCCAACGUUUGAAGCUUGCUACGACAGAUCUGAAUGGGGAAUCUCACCCUUCUAAGAGCAUGAUUAACGCUCAGAGGUUCCAGCUCCAGCAGCAAUCACCUCAGACUCAGUUCAACAUACAUCAACAACAGCAGCAACAACAACAGCAACAGCAGCAGCAACAACAGCAACAGCAUCAAACACCUCAGCAGCUGCAGGAAAAUGGCACAACCACCUCGAAGCCCGAGUCAGAUCAAUAAAUCUAAAGGGACUGAUGCUGGCUGGCUUUGAAUCUCUCUCUCUCUCUCUCAGUUCUGGCUUUUAAUACAUAGUCAUUACCUUCAUCAGUGCAUUCAUUCAUUAGUUGUCCUCCUACAAAGUCACAAAGGCAUGGUUAUCAUAAAUUAUUCCUGCAUUGGUUGUCCAGCGCGGAUUCUGUUAUGAUGUCUUAUACAAAGUUAUAUAUGGUUAUAAGUUAUAACUUAUGUUUCUUGUAUUUGAUUCCGGUAGAUAUUGGAAUAUAAUCUUUGUUUAGUUUCAUGUUCAUUUUAGAAAUUCUAGCAUGUCCCAUCACUACGUGUGCAGAGAAAAUAGAACCUUCCAUAUUUCCUACUAUUUCCUUUAAUCUAUUAUUAUUUUUUCUAUACAAUUUAGUUUAUUACUUGUAUUGCUGAAUUAUAACCCAAACUUUAUGAAGAUAUUCAGUUCUGCAUUGUUUUG